AUGGCAACAACAUUACAACAUUCAUCUACAGAUGAAAAAUCAAUAUUAGAUAAAAUUAAUCAAUUAGCUCAUCAAGUUGAUCCACUAUCAACUAAAAUUCAACAAUUUGACACAACAAAUUUAUAUGAUGAGCUUUUACGAUGGAAAACUGAAACUUAUCAUAUUAUUGAUAAAGUUUAUGAACAAAAACGAAUUCAACUUCAAACAAUCAUAGAACAACAUAAAUCAAAACAAGAGAAAAUAAUAUCUGAUACAAAAGAUGCACUUCUUCAAUUACAAGUGAAAGGUGAUGCAACUCGUGAAGAACUUGAACAACUAGAACAAACAUUGCAUAAUGUUCAGAAGGCUAUCGAUAAAUUCAUUAUGAUUAAAACAAGACCUUUAGAUACCAAUAAUAGCAUAAUAAUAGAAUUAAAUGAUGAUUGUAAAUCACCUAAUUUAACUCAGUCACGACCAACACAGGAGUUUACCUUCAGUCAUUUGAACGAAGAGGACUUCAAGAGCGAUGGACUACGAACAUAUGCGAAAUAUCGCAAUCUUGGGAUCGCCAAAGCAACUAAUGGCAUGGCUAUGGCCCAUGUUCUGCGCUUUAUGCCACCGUUUCGUCCUGAGGUGGUAUCGAAGCUGCAUUAUCAUGAAGUCGAUUUUCAGAUGGUCUACGUGCUCAAAGGUUGGGUAAAGUCAAAAUUUGAAGGACAUGGAACAAUUACUAUGUUGACAGGCUCCUGCUGGAUCCAACCUCCAUGCAUUAAGCAUGCUGUUGUCGGUUAUUCCGAUGAUUGUGAGCUGCUCGAAAUAGUUCUGCCAGCAGACUUCAAAACAAUUACACUCGAGUAGCUGUAUAUUGACGAAACCUACUAUCCUCUGAUAUGAUUUUAAUAUUUAUAAAUUGAUCAUUUGUUAAUUUUUUUUUCUAUUGUAGUUUGUCUUUAUGAUUAAAUAAAUAGCUCUGUGAUCCAUUCACGCUCAUUAAAAAACUCACGAAACGACGUUUUUUGCGCAAAAUAGUCACUUUUGGAACGUGAAAACGUUGAAAAAUUUCAGUUUUUUGUGUUAAAACGGUCUUUUUUUCUGGAGUUCAGAAAUAACGCGUUUAAACGCUCCGUUCUUCAAUUUUUCAACGUUUUCACGUUCCAAAAACGACUAUUUUGCACAAAAAACGUCGUUUUGUGCGUUCUUUUAAUGAGCGUGAAUGGAUCACAGUCGCGGCUCCCGAUUGUGCGUUUAAACGUGUUUUUCAAAAUUUUUGUCUGCUUGGGGUGUGGGUGUGGGGGUCGUAGCUAGAACACUGAAACGUAUUUAACACUAGUUGCUGAGGCAUAUGAUGGGAUGGGAGGAAGGAAAAGUCGAAAGAGUGUGGAUAAAAUACAUUCACCCCCACACACCCUUGCAUCCUCUUCAGCCUGUAAUUUUUCAGUUUCUUGUUAGUAUAUGACGUCGUGACUUAGGUUAUUUUGAAACUUGUGAAUCUCUCAAAGGCCAAUAGAGAAGGUUGAUAUUAAGCUUGUUCUCAUUGUGAUUGACAGGUUCAGAUCAAAUUUCUACAACUCUAUCAUAUAACAUCAAUAACUACGUUUUUUGUCAUCCAAGUAGUGGAAGAUUCCAUUCUUUAUUUAAAAAAGAUUUUAUGCAUUUAUUUUUUUGUGGAAGUAAAAAGGAUUGAGUAUCUCAUCCUCUAUUUUUGAGAAGAAUUUUCAUAUGUGGUCAAAUAGACAAAUAUAUAGAUCUCUUAUAAAACAAAAGAUGAAAGAGACAGAGAAAGAAAAAUGUUACCCUUACUUUUUCUUUUUUCCCUCUUUAUACUCAGUAUUCAUAAAUGAGAAACAAGUAGCUCAUUUUGAAAACCAAAAAAUUUUCUAACUAUAAUAUGACAAGCAGAUACGUCGACGACGAAAGCAACAUGAAAUGGCUAAAUGAACGAUUCUUGGAUGCGGGCAACAAGCCAUACGAUUUCUUUUCUGUUAUUCAGAAUUAUGAAAAAGUCCCACUUGUUCCACUCGAAGAAGCUGCCAAACCUAUUUCUCAUCUCAUCGACAAUCUUUUAGCUGAUAUCUGGAUUGCUAAAGAAAAAUGUAAAAAUCCGAAGGAUGACCUAACACCAGAUGAAUCAGCCUCUAUCUAUCUCUACACAAUGGAGUCAGUUUAUGCUCUCCUUGACCAAACACCUCGUGGCAAACAUCGAAAAGAGCUCAUCCCAUGGUUCGGCUAUAUAAAGCUAGUCCUAACGGCUAUUAAGCAGUUACCAUCGAUCAAAUACAUCGUCUGACGAGGUGUGAACACUUAUUCUGGUGGGGCUUCAGCUCUUGCAUAAAAUCUCUCACCGUUCUUCAGUCAGAACAGUUCCUUGUAGAAACAGGUCCUAGAACUCACUUUAGCACUGAAUGUAUUGGGUGUGGAUGUGAGUGUGAAGGUCAAUGUUCAUCAUUCCACACUCACACUCGAGUUUUCGACAUCAACCAAACUGAACAAAUUUUUUCUAUACAUUCGAUCAAUGAUUUCUUCAACUGUCUUCGAACAGAUCAAUUCUUCUGUAUCAGACAAGAAAUUCCAUCGACAUUGUUCCAUGAAUUGGCCGAGAUACAUUUUCGCUUGAUAAUAAGAAGAACAAUGCAUAAAUUCGUCGACGAUGAACGUAUUGCUUGAAUUCUUUCUCUGUAUAUGUGCGUACUGCAUACAUGGUUCAUAAUAACAUAUUUCCUUCGUCAAUUAUCACACAUAGAGAGAUUGAAAAGGAAAAUAUGUCGGUCAUCGUCUCCUGAGAGAAUCAUUAGUGUACGUUACAUUAUUUUUCUUGACUUCAUGUACAUGUUGAAUCCAAAGAUUUCCACACCUUAGUAAUAACAACUUAGCUUCUUCCACAUCAUGAAAUGGAGUGUUGAAUGGGAUAGGCGAAAAAAAAGUUAAUUGAUAUACUAUCACGAUACAAAUGCAGAUGGUCAGACUUUUGAAAAUCAAGAAUUGUUUUUUUUUCAAAGUAUUUUAUAAGACUUUCCGAGGCAAGUUUAUUGAAUCGUACGAAAAUCUUCAUCAGCGAUUCCACAUUAAACACAUCGACUUCAUUCUAAUUCAAAAUUUGGUGAGAACUAAAUAUUUUUGUAGAAAACGAAACCGUGCGCUAGCUUCUGAAUCAAAGAGAGAUACUCCUUAAGAUUAUGUAAUGAUGGGAUAACAUCUCGAAAGAUUGUUUAUUAUGGUGUAUUUCAGGAUGAACUAGAAAUUGAAGUUGACAACGAAUCGCUUGACACAAGUAUAUCAACGUCAAUUACUUUAGCAUCAAGUAUAUAGAUUAACAAUUCUAAAUAGUUACUUAUUCAUUUCAUUCUAGAAAAACGAAAGUGGCCUAUGGAACAGAUCAUCUUUGAUGUUUAUCUCACCUUGGCUUUCUUCUUUGAGUACUACAUAAGAGUAGCCAUGAAAGGUCUUGUAAAGGUUGAUUUC